CCUAUGCGAGGCCAUGGCGCGAUCAGACGUCGUCCCGGGAGGGCGCGCGGGAAAGGCGAUGGCGGCCGCAGCCGCCGCCGCCGGAGGCGGAGGGUCGUCCGUGUCUCUGCAGGACGCGGACAAGAAAAGCCACCGCGCUGCGCGGUCAGGGCCAGCAGCGGAGCGCAAGAAGGAGAAAGAUAAGAAGAAGCGCGGCGUGAGCACGGCGGACGACGAGGAGGAAGGCGAGAACCCGCGAGCGUUUGCCUUCAGGUCAUCCCGUAGAGCCAAGCUACAGGUGGCAAGGCGGGUGGAGCUGCAGCAGCGGCGCAUGCACGCGCCCAGCGCCAAUGCUACACGCGCACAGGCAUUGGAGCCCCCACCCUUUGUGGUGCUCGUGCAGGGGCCGCCAAAGGUGGGCAAGACCACUCUCAUCCGCUCUCUCAUAAAGCACUACACCAAGCACAACAUUCCGGACGUGAAGGGACCCAUCACUGUUGUCUCAGGCAAGAAACGCCGCCUGCUCUUCAUCGAGUGCAGCAGCAGCGUGCACGCCAUGCUGGACGCUGCCAAGUUCGCUGACCUCGUCCUCCUCCUCAUCGACGGCAGCUUCGGCUUUGAAAUGGAAACUUUUGAGUUCCUCAACAUGCUGCAGGUGCACGGCUUCCCCAAGGUCAUGGGCGUGCUGACGCACCUGGACGGGUUCAGAGACCCGCGGAAGCUGAAGAAGACCAAGAAGACCCUUAAGCACCGCUUCUGGACGGAAAUCUAUGACGGGGCCAAGCUGUUCUACCUCUCGGGACUCAUCCAUGGCAGGUACCCCAAGCGAGAGGUUCUCAACUUGGCUCGGUUCAUUUCGGUGGCUAAGUUUAGGCCUCUCUCCUGGCGCACAGCCCACGGCUACGUGGUGGCGGACCGCGUGGAGGAUCUCACGGAGACGGAGGAGGUGCGGUGCAACGCCAAGUGCGAUCGGACGGUUGCGAUUUACGGAUACCUGCGGGGAUGCAAUCUGAAGCAGGGCUUUAAGGUGCAUAUUGCAGGGGUGGGUGACGUGGCAGUGGAAAGUAUUACCCAGCUGCCCGACCCCUGCCCGCUGCCCGGGGAGAAAAAGAAGCGGAGCCUGAACGAGCGGGAGAAGCUGCUCUAUGCGCCGAUGGCUGAUAUAGGGGAUAUACUGUACGAUAAGGAUGCGGUUUAUAUCAAUAUUCCGGAUCAUCAGGUGCAGUAUUCUAAGGUUGAGGAAAAGGAGAUUAAAGGAGGAGAGGAGGAUGACGAGUGGUCGGAUGAGGGGGAGGGGGGUGGAGGGGGGGAGAGAGAGGAGGAGGAGGAUGAGGAGGAGGAGGAAGAGGAGGGGGGGGAGGAAGGGGGAAAGGCGAAGGCGGGAAGGCAAAAGGAUGAGGGAGAGGAGAUGGUGAAAACGCUACAGGCGGCUGACGUGGCAGUUGAUGAUAGGCUGAGAUCGAGCGCGAUCUCGCUGUUCAAAUGGACGGCUCCGAUCCGAGAUGUGAGGGAGGUGGAAGCGGGGAGAGAGGAGGAGAUGGGUGGGGGGGAGGAGGGGGGGGAGGAUGAGGAGGAUGGGAGUGCUGAUGAGAGUGAGGGAGAGGAGGAGGACGAGGAGGAGGAAGAGAAGGAGGAGGAAGAGGAGGUGGUUUUGAAGGAGGAGGCGAGGAGAGACGCUAAGGGAAGGAUGAGGCGUGCUGUGGUGUUUGAUGCUGAUGGUGAUGAUGACGAUGAUGAUGACGAUGACGAUGACGAUGUGAAUGGUGAUGAUGCUGGUGAGGAGGAAGACGAAGAGGAGGAGGAGGAGGGGGGGGAGGAUGUCGAUGAAGGGGAGGAGGAGGGGUGGGAGUUGGAAGAGGAUGAAAAGGGGGGAGGAGAGAUGGAGGAGGAGGAUGAGGAUGACGAAGAGGAGGAGGAGGAGGAUGUGAAAGAGCCAACGCGGGAGCAGCUUGAGAAGUGGGCUGAUAGGGACGCGAUGGAUGAGGAAGAAAGGGGGUCUGAUGAUGAUGAUGAUGAGGAGGAGGAGGAGGAGGAGGAAGAAGAGAUGGAGGAGGAUGAGGAGGAGGAGGAGGAAGGUGUGGAUGAGAAGGUUGUUGACAAGAAGGUCAAAGGAGAGAGUGUAACACGCAACAAGUCCGGAACCAGUGCCGGGGAAGAAGGGGCAGCUGCGGUCAGGUGGAAGGAAGGGAUGGCUGCUCGGGCAGCCAAAAUGUUUUCGAGGAAGCUGAGCCUUAUGGAGCUGGUUUACGGGCAGAAGGGAGGAGCCAGCACGCACGGGAAUGAGAAAAUCGGGAAGAUAGUUGGGAAUGGAACGUUUGGUACUCCUGCUGAUAGCGACGGGAGCAGGGAGGAGGAGGAGGAGGAGGAGGAGGAGGAAGAGGAGGAGGAGGAGGAGGAUGAGGAGGAUGAGGAGGAUGAGCUUUUUCAGCCAAGGAGGAAACAGCAGGGGGGGUCAUCCUCCACCGCCCAAGCCUUACUGACGGAUGAUAUCGACGCGGAGGACUGUGUGCGCGUGCGGCCAGAUGCGCUGAACCUGGCGCAGUGGGACGACUCCGAGGUGGUGGAGUCCCUCAGGGACCGGUUUGUCACUGGCAACUGGUCCAAGGCGGGCGAGAGGAGGCGGAGGGGCGGGGCGAAGGGGAAGAGGGGAGGGGGAGAGGAGGGGGGGAGUGAUGGGGAGGAGGAUGGGGAGGGGGAGGAGGAUGAGGAGGGGGAUGACGUGUUUGGAGAUUUUGAGGACCUGGAAACGGGGGAGAAGUUUGGGCCUGGGGGGGAGCGGGGAGGAGGAGGAGGGGAAGGAGGGGGGGGGGAAGGAGGAGGGGGGGGAGGGAAGCAGAGUGAGGAGGAGAGGGAGAAGGCGGAGGCGGAGGAGAGGAGGCUGAAGAAACUGGCUCUGCGCGCCAAUUUCGACUCCAAAUAUCCUCUCACACGCUCCCUCACACGUUUUCGCAUCCGUCUACUUCUGUGCACAAGUCCGCCUCUAUUUUGUUCUCUCCCUAGCUGUGCUGCUGUGCAUCCUUCCGCACGGCAGCAUCAUGAUUAUAUAAGCCCUUCUACGUUCUACGAUUUACACAGCCCACACGGUUCUUCCUUAACUCUCGGCUUUCCGCUACCUUUGCCAAUCUCCUCCUCCCUCCUUCUUUUCUCUCCUCCCUUCUCUCGUCUCUGUUCCUCUCCCUUUCCCAAUUUCCUGCCACCUUUCACCCCUCCGUUUGUCCGCCCUCCAUUUGUCCACCCUCUGUUUGUCCGCCCUCUCUUUGGAUUCCUUCUGUUUCCUCCUCCCUCCUCCCUCCUCCAUCCUCCAUCCUCCAUCCUCCAUCUUUCUGCUCCUCGUCCUGCCUUAAAUGUUUGUCAUGCCGUCCAUCUAACCACGUCGAGGGGGGAGGAGGACGAGGAGGAGGGAGGGGAGGAGGAGGGAGGGGAGGAAGGUGCAGACAAGAAGUUUCCUGGAAGGGAUCCGGAGGAGAAGGACUAUAUCGAUGUGCUGAAGGAGCAGCUGGAGGCGAGGAGGCAGAGGACAGAGGCGGCGCUGGCAGAAGUGGACGAAGCCACCCGCGUGGCCAUGGAGGGCUUCCCCGUGGGGGCAUACCUGCGCCUGCUGUUCCGGAAGCUUCCUGGAGAGUUCAUGCAGCACUUUGACCCUCGGGUGCCCGUGCUGGUGGGCGCCGUGCCGCCCACUGAAGAGACGCUCGGGUACCUGCGGGUGCGGCUCAAGAAGCACCGCUGGCAUCGCAAAGUGCUCAAGACCAGGGACCCCCUGGUGCUGUCAGCGGGGUGGCGGCGUUUCCAGUCAGUGCCUGUGUAUGCUAUGGAGGACACCAACGGGCGGCACCGGCUGAUCAAGUACACCCCCGAGCACAUGCACUGCCUCGCUGUCAUGUGGGCCCCUCUACUGCCGCCCAACACCGGGCUGCUGGCUCUCUCCUCUGCUGCCGCUACUGGCAACAGCAAGCAGGCUUCUUUCCGCAUCAGCGCCACGGGCGUGGUGUUGGAGCAGCAGCAGGCAGCGCAGGUGGUGAAGAAGCUCAAGCUGGUGGGCACGCCCUUCAAGAUCUUCCGCCACACUGCUUUCAUCAAAGACAUGUUCACGUCGCCUCUUGAAGUCGCGCGCUUUGAGGGGGCAGCUGUGAGGACAGUCUCAGGCAUCCGCGGGCAGAUCAAGAAGGCAGUGAAGCACGGGCAGGGCCCCGACGGUAGCGUCCGUUGCUCGUUCGAGGACAAGAUCCUGAUGAGCGACAUUGUGUUCCUGAGGGCGUGGGUCAAGGUGACUGUGCCCAAGCUGUACAACCCCGUGUGCACGCUGCUCCAAUCGCCGAGCGACACGUGGCACGGCAUGAAGACCGUGGCUGAGCUGCGGAGGGAGCAACAGCUGCCCAUCCCCGUUAACAAGGACUCGCUUUACAAGCCCAUAGAGCGGCGCCCGCGCUCCUUCAACCCCCUCAAGGUGCCAGCUAAGCUGCAGGCCGCCCUGCCCUUCUCUGCCAAGCCUAAGGACGAGGCUCGGCGCGCGCACCCGAGCCUGGAGCAGCAGCGGCCGGCAGUGGUGCUGGAGCCAGAGGAGAGGCGGCUGCACACCAUGGUGCAGCAGCUGAACACCAUCAAGAACCAAAAGGUGAAGAAGCGGCGGGAGACGAUGCGCAAGAAGAGGGCGGAGUACGAGAAGCGCAAGGCGGUGGACGAGGAGGAGCAGAAGUACAGGCGGCGCGAGGAAAAGAGGGAGAAGUUUAGGAAGGAGGCGAAGAGGAAGUUUGGUGGUGAUAGGGGUGGGGUUGAUGAUGAGGGGCCUUCUGGAAAGAGGGGUCGUGGGUUGCAAGCCGAUUAGGGUGAGUUCGAAGGCCAGAAAAGAUGUGGUACGUUGACUAAGUUCACUCAUCGCCCGGCUGCUGCAUUCUGAGAUUGACUUUCACUCGUUGCUGGUUGAUAUUUCCCCUUCUGCUGAUAGUUGAAAACGUUCUUGCUUAAAGAUCGUGAUUCACUAACGAGGAUAACUCCCGCUGUAAUGUGCAGUGCUGCAUCUGAGUGCUUGGCUCAGCUGGCUCAGGAAUUUCGUAAACGGCCGCGAUUCGCCGCUCUCCGACGUGGCUGUCAAAUCGAACGCCUGUCAUUCGCCCACCUUCGUCGAGUGCGACUGAGCCCGCCACGUGUUCGGGUAACCCUGCAUAACACAUCUCAACCUUGUUAUGCUAUCCACGUGAAGCUGAAAUGGCUGGGCCGGAUUGGCCUUUCCUCUCUACUUACGGCGAGCUGACGAAGCAAAGUUGGGUCUUUCCGGCCGUGAUUGGCGCCUGAGUCAGCGGAGCGAAAUGGGUAAAAAUAGCGGCCAUGUGUGACGCGUUUCGACAGCGCAUUUUCGGAGAGGCAGCCCAGCGAAGCGCAAUUUCCUCGCAA